CAGCCUUAGCCCAACUCAUCAUCACUUACGCACAUACAUUAUCAAGCAUCCAUCCCAUCCCCUUCCCGUUCUUUCAACACCUUAUAACUACAGCCCGAAUCACUUCUUUCCCUUUCUUUAUUUUUCUGUUUAGGCUUUAGCUUCAAAGCUCUUUACCUUAACACUCCCCGGCCUCUUCCUUCUCUCUGUGGCGGCGGCUCUUUCAAUUUCUAGCUCUCUCUUCCUUUAAAGAUUUGGAUUCUUGGAUCGGUUUCUUUGCUCUCUUUCUGUUGCUCGAUCUGCAAUUGAAUCGAUCUGGGUGUUUCGGAUUUUAAACUUAAGAACCGCCAUGAUUGCGGCCACGCAAGAACAGCAACAGCAGCAGCAAGGAACAGGGACCGCAUCGUCUGUUGAGGAAGAGGCCUUGAAAAGGAAUACAGAUUGCGUUUACUUUCUUGCUUCUCCUUUAACCUGCAAAAAGGGAAGUGAAUGUGAGUAUCGCCAUAGUGAAUAUGCUCGGGUUAACCCAAGAGAUUGCUACUUCUGGUUGAAUGGAAAUUGUUUGAAUCCAAAGUGUGGGUUUCGUCAUCCGCCUCUUGAUGGCUUGUUUGGAAACCAAGUUUCAGCAGCUGCCGGAUCUUCUUUGCCUCCGUCACAUAUGGCAAUGGCACCAGCCAUGCACGCUCCUCAAAGUACAGGUAAACAAGCAGUCCCAUGCAUUUUCUUCCAGAAGGGGCUCUGCUUAAAAGGUGAUAGAUGUGCUUUCUUGCAUGGACCAAAUCCCACUAGUAACAAAGUAAUGGGAACCUCUAGUACUGAUCAUGCAUCACUAAAGAAGUCUUCCGGUGGCCCACAAAAGUCGAUUCAAGAGCAGAAGAUGCCACAGAGAAAUUUCUCAAAGGCAGUUGAAAUACCUGCUGAAGCUAAACUGGCACCAAAACCAGAAACUGUUCCACCAAGAAAUGGGUUAGGAGUUAAAAGCAUUGAUGAUGAGCUACCUAAGUACAAAGCAACAAGUAUUCCUCAUGUUGUCAAUGGAAACUCAAGUCGCUUCAAUCGUUUGCAUCAAUCGCAAUUACCAGAUGAUCAUGUUUUCCAGGAUGGCAAGGAUUCUGAUGAGUUUUUAAGGGAAUGCUCUCCCGGUUUUGAUGUUCUUGUAGAUGAUGAGUUGAGAAAUUCUGAUUAUCAUCAUGGUGAAGAUCAAUAUGGAAGGAGAGGUCAUGAAGGAAGGAACUUGAACCCUGGGGAUGAAUAUGAUGUGGGUCUUGCUGCUGAUUACAGUUCGGUGGCCGACAUUGACCGGGAAACAUAUCGUGAUCUACGAGGCUAUGACACCUAUAGCCGCAUGCAAGGGCAGUAUGCCUGGGAGCAGCAUAGGGCUUCGUCAGAGAGAGUGCCGGCAGGUCCAGCUCAUAUAGAAAGGAGAGGUUACUCAAAAGCAGACAGCCCUGAACCCAUCGAUGAGUCAGAUCUGCGUUAUCGUCUAUCUAAACAUAGGAGCGUCAGUGGCUUGAGAUCAGUUGUCAGUCAUGAUUUUGUCCCUGACAACCAUGUUGAGGAGAGAGGUUAUCGUGGUUCCUCACGAAUGGACUCACAUAAUUUGUCCUCACAUGAGAAUGCUAUUAGCGGUCGCCUCCGUGGUAGAAUAAAGCUUCCUGGAAGAUCUCCGAAUGGUAGUGAUCCACGUGUAGAAAGGGAACUAGACAGGGGUAGGAAUCGGCCGAGAUUGUCACCAGGUAGGUCUCAGAUUCCAUCCCAUCAAGCAAGGAUUCGUGACAGAAUAAAAGCUAGGGUGGAAGAGGACUACAGUAGUGAAGGGAGAAAUCUUAGAGGUGCUAGAAUGAGGAGAGAAAUAACAGAUGAGGAGAGAGAUACUGAUUUUGCUGCUCCUAAAAGUCUAGCAGAGCUGAAAGGUAUAAGAGGUACAGAGAUUGGUCAGGUACAGCAAUCCCUUAGAAAAAGAAAACAGUUAGAAGAUUAUCAGCCAUCUGAGGGUGAUCUUUCAUUUGAAGGGCCAAUGCCUCUUAGUGAGAUUCUAAAGAGAAAAAGAGGGGCUGAAGCAGCAGCUUCUGGUAUCAGAACAUCUUCUAGAAAUAAGGAAGAUGAUUAUCUGAAAGAAAGCAAGGAAAGCUUGCUUGGCAGCUCAAACACAGUUUCAGAGGCACAAGGUGGUCAUUCGUCCAUAAAGGAUGAAUCUAAUAAACAAGUGCUUAAAGAUGAGGAAGAAGCAAAGUCUGAAAUAGCAGGCACUAUUGGAACAGCAGGAGAAAAAACUGAAGUUGCACUUGGUCAGCAUGCUUCGCGACUGCCUAAUCCAAGUGAACCUGAGACUGAAGAUGGGAUUAUGAUUGAUGAUGGUAUGGAAGAUCACGAGUAUGAAGCUGAUGAUCAAAGGGAGGGGGACUAUGAAUAUGAGCAAGUCGAUGAAGGGGAAUAUUAUGAAGAGGGUGAGAAUGCAGAAGCUGAGGAGUCUGUAGAUGAGGAAGACGGGGAUGACUUUGCGAAGAAGAUUGGUGUGAUGUUUUCAUGAGGGGCAUAGAGAAGUUAAUGCUUGUCACCAUUAUAGUGAUUUAUUGACUGCCUUUGGAAGUCAUUAAGGUUGGCUGGUUUUGAUCCACAAAGGUUUAGUUGUCAUGAAUUUUGUUUGUAGAAGUAGGGAAUCAAGUUCUUCUUCAGUAUUAAUUUUAAGUUUUUCAUUGUAUUUAAAACUGAUUGAAUGGAAAUUUUCCUUGUGCUUGGGGUGACUAGCUUUAGCCCAUCAGUUCAUGCUUGCACAAAGGCACGACUGUAACAGUAGAAAAUUAAUAAGAAAACUGCUGCUUACUCUUCUGAAAA